AUGGGUUGCCGAUUUUGUGAUAUAAAAGGAGUAUUUGAUUCAGAUACAGGUGUAAAUCAUGUAUACUAUCCUUUGAAGCAUUCUACAAAAGAAGGUGAAGAAUCAUACAAUACAAAGAAUCUUCCUUUACGUAAUCAUAAAUCUUAUUUAGACAAAUAUUAUCCUCAACAAGUUGUCUGGAUUGAAAAUGGUGAAGAAGAACUUUGGGCACCUAAAUUAGAUUAUACUUUAAAUGAUAUAGAAUUUAUAGCAUUAUCAAAUUUUUAUAAAGCUAAUUUGGAUGAACAUAUUGCAGAA